AAUGUGUACAAUUCAGUCAGCACCAUGCGACGUCAUCUCACACGCAGAGACACUGACAGACAGCCGUAUGUAUGUCUGUGUGUAUGUGUGUACGUAUCAGGCAACCUAGGUGCGCCACCACCCUUGGAGCACAAGCAAGCAGCACAGUAAGUGUCUUAAUUUGAGCUAUCGACAGACAUGAGCAAGGAGACCCAUUCACUCAUUCGUUCGUGAAUGCAAUGCACCACAUGAUAUGAACAAACAGCCCAAUCGAGCGCAAAAAUCCAGCGGAGCACAUGCAGGGAGGACUGGCAGCAUCCCACACACAAACACACAAAAAUCCCCCCCCCCCCGAACAGUACAAAACGGCCAUAUGCGUGUCACUCACUCACUUAUGGGAUCGUCCCAUUCCCCUCACAGCACGACGAACACGCAUGCAGUGGGCCACCCCACAGCAGCUUCGCCAUCCACGCAACCAGCCCUCCCUCUCCCUCUCUUUCUCCCUGCCUCUGUCCCUCUCUGUCUCUGUCUCUGUCAGUGUCUGAGGUUCCUUCAGGCAUGACAACAAUCGACACACCGAUAUCUAUGUCGAUGGCCACGCCCACCCCCGCUCCCCCAGACCACUCAUCGUCAUCGCAUGGGCAGCAUCGCGAGCAGAUCUCCUCCUCAAUCUGUUGCCUCAUCGCUCUCACCUUGGCCACAGGCAGGCAGGCAGGCAGGUACACACGCACAGACAACACACGGAGAAAGGAAAGAAGGCACUCGAUGGAUGCAUAAACCCCUGUCUGCCAGCCUGCCUGUCUGCCUGUCUGCCUGCCUGCAUCUUUCCCUCACCGAUGAGGCAUUGGAUGUGCUUCGUUUGACCUCCUCGCUCUCUCCUACACCCUCACCGUGGCCAUCAUCAUGCUGCUGGUCGUCCACAUCCGUCUCGUCUCUAUCGUUUCCCUCUCCAUCCAUCGUGUCGAUGGACAGCUGCGAGGCGUCGGGGUGGAUGUGGGUCGACCCUUCGUCGUGGCGAGGGGUGUAGGGCUCACUGACGCCCAUGGCCCUGAGGGCGCGGAUGUGUGUGUGCAGGUAGGCGUGCUCAAUCAGUAUCCAGAUGAACACACUCGCCGCUGACGUGAUGACAUGCUGAACACACAGCCAACAGAUACAUACGGAAAGUGGGCGCCUGCGUGUGUGUGUGGUGUGUGUUGCCGUCCGUUCAGUCGGAGUACUUACUGUGCUGUGUUGUCCGCCCAGGACGGCAAGCAUGAAUGCCGACAGGAUGACCAGCAGCAGGGUGUACAGGCAGCUGUGUGCCGCCCUCCUCUUGAGCCGCAGCAGCCUCACACGGACAUCGCCCACACGGCCAAUCACCACCACAUCAUACAACACCUGACACACACACACACACACACACACUCUUGCAGUGAGUGAACCCAUCAGACACAUACACAGAUGAUACAUCGUACUGAUGUGGCAGUGAGUGACGACAGGCACAGCAGCACAAACGUGACUGUGCGGUCAGUGCUGCCAUUCUCGGAUGCACCAAAGCUCAAUGGAUAGAGCACCAGCGCCAGCCCAGAUGCAUAGCUCCCGAGGGACCAUGUGGCUGCGAACACAGCGAGGCUGACUUCGGCUCCUGACGAGCACUUGGGGCUGAAAUGAGUGAACAUGCAGGGGUUGACGAAAUGGGUCCGCGAAGUGAGAGAUCAAGGGAUGAUGUGGAAGUUGCCCGCUCUCAUGACGGC